UUACGGUAAUUGUGAUAUGACGCUUGAUCACAUGUAUAGGAAAUAAAAGUACAUGUCCUAUAUCCCAGAUGAUAAGAUAUUUCAUUCCUUAGUUGGAACUUCAAGCUGGGACCGCACAAGAUCACAAUUUUAAGCUGCCAUUCAUGGCUUCCGACAAAAGCUGGUCCGAUGAUGACUCACAAUCAUCAAAGUUCAUGCGAAAGGCGAAGGAAUCGCCCUUCGUACCGAUAGGUAUGGCUGGGUUUGUGUCAAUUGUUGGAUAUGGGUUGAUGAAGCUCAGAUCACGGGGCGACACAAAAAUGUCUGUCCACCUCAUUCACAUGCGUGUUGCAGCGCAGGGCUUUGUGGUUGGAGCUAUGACACUGGGUGUGCUCUACUCCAUGUACAAUGAGUACUUUGCCCCUAAAGAUCCGGGGGAAAAGUGACAUGGACACAUUCAUGCACCAAAAGCCUGUAACUGUUAAAAACCAAUGACUACCAAUCUAACACCACCUCCCCUGUUCAAGCAAAUGUGAAUCUGAGAAACAGAUCUGUCAGUCACUACUACAGACAACCUUCCGUUGCUGUUCUUUGUGGCCAGUCUGAGAAUACACUGAGUGAGUUAUAAUGCCCUUUUCAGUAUUUUUGAGAGAAGUACAUAUUAAACGCUGCAUUUACACCAACACACACUGAAAAACCUUUAUCCAAUCUUACUCCAAGAGGGGCACUGAGAUGCCUUUAAGAUCUAUAUCCAAGCGCACACCAAGAUUCCUACAAGUUGAAGCCAGCUAACAGCGUCACAGUAAGGCUUGAGUCUAUUUACCAUAUCACAGUGAGGUGACGUAUAUGUUCUGUUUUAGUUUGUACAUAGUGUAAACUUUCAACUUAAAUUUAAGGUGAAAGAAAGAAAAAAGAGGAAUAAAGUCUGGUAUUUUAAUUUUUUUAUUUAACACAGUUUAUUUGGCAUAUACAACUUUUUGGUAACUGUAAAAGUAUAAACCAGAGACAUGCCUCUUUGGCUCUGUGUGCUUAAGCCUCCUGUACACAGUGAACACAACAAUGUACAAAUAAUAAAGGCAUUCUGAAAAUCA